GCUAUACUUACCAGGAACGACCAUCUAUUUUUUUCUUUUCCAGUAAUUUUCGCCGUCUCGGAUUCAUUUCAGUGCAUUCCUACGCAGCCUUUUUCUUUCUUUGUACCUCAGCUCUUUAGUGCUGUAAAAGUAUGCGACCCUCUGUUACUUCUCCCGCCGUGCGCAACCUUUCUCGGCUUUGUAUCCGGUGUCAACUCCGAGUUCGCCGAGCUUCAACUCUUGUGCCUUCGCAUCGACCGUUUGUAGCAGCGACGCCCACGCGACAUCAUGUAGCUCUCGCAGCGGCGGUUCGGGGCCCAGCAACGAACGCCCGUGCCGCAUCUGGUGCCGCGCAACCCGAGCAAGAACCGGCCCCGUCCGGUGCACCACCCUCGACACAUUAUGACCUCUUUCCUGAGACGCUUCCCGAUGGUCCUCCUCCGGCAGGACACUUUCCUAUCGAUACCCGCGCUUUGCGCCGUGAGUUUCUCCGUCUGCAAGCCCGGGCUCAUCCGGAUAUGCAUCCUGCUCAGGAUAAAGCUCGUGCCGAGGCCAUGUCAGCGCUCAUAAACGAGGCUUAUAAGACGCUGUCUAACCCUCUUCUGCGAGCACAAUAUCUACUCUCUCUUCGAGGUGUCGACGUCGCCAACGAUGAAACCCUCAAGGUGGAAGAGCCAGAACUAUUAAUGCUUGUGCUUGAGGCGCGCGAGGAGAUUGAGGAUGCCGAGCGUGAGGAGGAUCUUGACGAACCUCGUGCCGCGAACGAUGCGCGCAUUGCGGAGAGUGAACAGGUACUCGAGCGCGCAUUUCAGCAUGAUGAUAUCGAGGCCGCGAAGCAUGAGGCCGUUCGUCUGCGCUACUGGGUCAAUAUCAAGGAAAGUUUGGAUAACUGGGAGAGGGGCCAGCAUGUUGUGCUGCAGCAUUGAAUGAUCAGCGAAACGACAAAGUACUAGCGGUAUUGCGCACCACCUAGGUUCUUGACAUGAUUAGAUAAAUAAGUGAUCAGAUUUGAUUGAUGUGUCAUGAGCGCUGUUUUAAAAGACACUCGCAUGGGUUUAAUCCACGAGGGCAUCUUACGAUGGGAAUGGGGCUUGGCCUGGAGUUUCCUCUUGGCAUGAGGUACUUGGGGUAUCAAGCAAGCAUUUCGUCAUUCGACUAGGGAGUGGGCUGAUGUUCAUCAACCUUAGAUCGAAGAUAUGCAACAUUUAGCAGGGGUUUGGGACCUUUCUUUGUCCUGCAACCUCAAGAUGAACCCGAGGCUAAGGCGAGUUUGCCUGCCUUGGUGACUCUCUUUGUAUAUCACUGCAUGGUUACCGCAAUAGUUAGAUAGUAGAUCCCGAUUCUCUACUAAAAUCAAUGACUGGAAGGUCAUGCAACAAAUAACUUCAGCUUAAAGCU